UACCUGGCAACCCGUUGACUGAGCCAUGUGUUAGCACAUUGCUAGCUGGUUACAGUGCAGUUCCUCGUAUGAAUUGUUUUCGCUUCUCGAGCCUGUAGUACUCACCUUAAACUCGUUUUUAAACACAUAUUUGUUACUGCAAACCGUCGUGACGAGUCUGUCGUUGUCCAAUUGAGAGAAAGAACAAAAAAUGGCAACGGUUACAGUUCCUGAGAACGUUAGCGUUAUUCUGUUGGACAUUGAAGGAACCACGACUCCUAUCACGUUCGUAAAGGAUGUUUUAUUCCCAUAUAUCAAAGAGCACUUGGAAGAGUACCUGGGUGCGCACUGGGAGGAGGAUGAGUGCAAGCAGGAUGUUCAGCUCCUAAAGAAACAGACCGAGGAAGACUUAAAGCAGAAUAGAGCAUGCCCAGUUCAUGCUGUAGACCAGACGGUUCACACGGACGAAGAGAAGGCAAUCCGGGAGGUGGUUGAUAGUGUCCUCUGGCAGAUGGAUGCGGACAGAAAGACCACUGCUCUCAAGCAGCUGCAAGGCCACAUGUGGCGAGCAGCCUAUGUUUCAGGGAGGAUUAAAGGCGAAGUGUAUCAGGAUGUAGUUCCCACUAUAAGAAGAUGGAAGCAGGAUGGUCUGAAAGUCUACAUUUAUUCUUCAGGAAGCAUAGAGGCCCAGAAGCUACUCUUUGGCUAUUCAGUUCAAGGAGAUCUAUUAGAUCUAUUUGAUGGUCACUUUGACACCAACAUUGGUGCCAAAGUGGAGAGUAAAAGCUAUGAAAAGAUUGCAGAGAGGAUUGGCUGCUCACCAGAAGAAAUAAUGUUCUUAACAGAUGUGACGCGAGAAGCAAAAGCAGCAGAGGAUGCUGGGGUGAACGUGGCCGUGGUUGUGCGACCAGGCAACAUGGAGUUGACCGAAGAGGAGAGGAGCCAUUAUACAACUAUUACAACUUUUAACCAGCUGAAACUAUCCGGAAGAGCCUAACAUACAAGGACAGAACAGUGUCAGCACCCCUCAAGUGGACUGUAUCAAAGAUGGGCUGACAUUGGAUCACCAAGUUAUAGCUUGUUACUUGUGGGGGGAAAAAAAAUGUUAUGCAGCAAGUGCCAAGUGCAUUAUAAUUAAACUCCAGGUGCUUGCAUUUUUUUUUUU